GACAGGCCCUCUCUCUCUCUCUCUCUCUCUCUCCCUCUCUCACCUCGAUAAACUUGGUUGUGAUGGGCUCCCUCAAAUUCCACUUCCCUCGAGUGGGAAUUCUCCAAAACGUCCCCAGACCCUACCACUCACGCUCUUCAGUGGUGACCUGCGGCCUUAGGGGCGGACCCAGAAAGCCUCUGUGGAGGAAAAGCGUGCUAUCCUCCGAAGCCAUUCAAGCAGUCCAUUCCUUGAAGCUAGCCAGAUCAUCCGCACCCAGAUUACAAGAGGUUUUCAAUGGCAGACUCAGCAGGCUCUUGAAGGCAGACUUGUUGGACACCUUGGCUGAGCUGCAAAGACAAAAUCAACUGGACUUGGCCCUUCAGGUCUUCCAAUUUGUGCGCAAGGAAGAGUGGUACGAACCAGAUUUGCUCAUAUACUGUGACAUGAUUCUUUUGUUGGGAAAGAACAAAUUGAUUAAAAUGGCUGAAGAGCUCUUUUCUGAAGUAAAGAAAGAAGGCUUACAACCCAACACAAGGGCUUUUGCUGAGAUGAUUGGAGCAUACAUGCAAGUGGGUAUGAUAGAAAAGGCAAUGGACACAUAUGAAUCGAUGAAGGCAUCAGGUUGUGCCCCAGAUAGGUUAACGUUUAUGAUAUUGAUAAGAAACCUUGAGAAGGCUGGAAAAGAAGAACUAGCAGCAAUGGUAAAGAAGGAAUGUGCUGAAUAUGUUGAUUCGCCUGAGAAAUUCCUUGGAGAAGUCGAACAGAAAUAUCGAAAGAGGCAAUUGCUCAAUCCUGUGUGAAAACUCACAGUACUCUACUACAUUUUAGCUGCCAUGAGGCAAUAGACUUGGCCAGUCUCUCAUUGUCGCUUGUUGAAGCAUUUGUCAACGGCUCAAUGGAGUAAAGAUGAUGAGGUGCAACGGAAUAUGUUAUUCUUUUAUGAAGAAUAAAUCAGCACAUUUCUAGGCCAUGCCUUUGUCAAUACCUACGUAGUUAGCUUAAUUCUCCAUUUGAUUUUAACAAAAACUGGAUAUGCCAAAAGGCUCUAGAGAACAUGUGCCUGGCACCAGAUAUGGUGAUGUUGUGUUAAAAAUAGUAAGUUCUACUCUCAAAUGAAAUAAUACUUUUUAAACAAAACAAAUGUUCGUACAA